AAUUGAUGACAACUUUGCUCUGCAAUUCGUGCUUUAAAUAUAAAAGUUUAGGUGAUGUCGUGGUUCCAAGACCUGGCCGGAAGGGCCGAAAACAUUCUCACCAAGAUUGAUCAGAAUGCAGCCACUGUGCUACAGACCCGACCCGAUUCUGAUGAUGUGGAUACCCCGUUGCUGGAGGUCAGUGUCGCAAGCGAGACUACUGCACCGAAACCAGCCAAACCGAGGAUUGUGUCGACAGGUUCGAUACUUUCGGUGAAAAACUCCAAGGGAAUGACACGGUCUGCCUCGAAUUCCUCCUACGAACGCAACAUCGACGAAAACAUCGAAACAUUGUCCUCGAAGUCGGAAAAGCAAAACUUUUCCGAUACUUCCUCAAGGCGCAGCUCGCUGAACUCGAAGAAAGAUGGGACCGUCAUUGAUAUGAGUGCUGUGAUGUCUAACAAUGCCACCGUACCCGCUCUCGACCCUGGCUAUUCCGUUGAAAAAGAACUAGCGGCUAUGAAAAUCAUCUUGGCGGAGGUUAAAUCCGAGAGGGACGAGUUGAAAAGCGAACUAGACAAUGCCAUGUCACUAUUGAGCAACGGUGAGGCAGAGGCUAAAUUGUUGGACCUGGAGGCAUUGUGCCAGAGUUUGGCGGACGAGAAAAAUGAUUUGGCCACCAAGUUGCUGGGUAUUGAAGAGUCAAACAGCAAGUAUGUGAAAUCCAUUUCCGAGCUUGAGUCCACUGUGGCAAAACACAUACAGAGUGAACAGGAGCUGAGUGCCAAACUAGAGACCACAAAGCUAGAGGCGGAAAAUACGCUUUCAGAACUGCAGCAGUAUCGUAUACGUGCACAUGCUACACUGCAGUUAAAGGAAAAAACGAUUGAACAAUUGAAGGAACAGAUCACUGCCAUUAGCAGUGGAGGAAAUUCAGACCCGGACGUAGCUACGGUGAGCAACUCAGAGCAGAUUCUACAGAUAGAACUGGAGCAGACGCGACAGGAAAAGACUAACUUGCUGGAAGAGCUGAAUGCUCUUAACGAACGUACGAAGCAACGGGAAACCCAAUGGAUAGGUGUAGAGGAAAAACUAAAACUGACGCUGCAAGGCCUUGAACAGAAGGUCCUACAAUUGGAGCAGCAAUUGUCGUGCGAGACAGAUAAAAUGCUACAAUUGCAAGAUGAUUUCAAAAUCAAACAAAAGGAGCUUUUGUCGGCCCGCGAGGAGAUGGUCAAACAACGGACUAGCUUUACAUUCCGCCUGCAUGAAAAGGAGUCAGAAAUAACCAAGCUUAGACAUAAAUUGCACACCCGGCCGGGCAGCCCCCCGACUGAUCUAGAAGAUCGAUUGACAUCAUUAACGCAAUCAUUGGUUCAGAAGCAAACUGCCUUGGAGUCGAUUACCGCGGAAAAAAAUGCUCUUCGGAUACAGCUGGAAAAAUUAGAGAACCAGUACCGCAGCACAGCAUCGCAGGUUAGACAACAGAAGGCAGUCUAUUUGAACAGCAAUGUGACCGACGAUGCCAAAUCGCAGGUUCCGAAUUUUAUGGUUGAAAAUCCGUUUGAUAACAACGUUGCUCGAAGAAUGAAACGGGCGUAUUCGUCGCUAGACUCCAUCGGGAUUAGGUUGGGCGUGUUUCUUCGGCGCAAUCCGGUGAUUCGCAUCCUUGUGAUCGUUUACGUGGCUGUGCUUCAUCUGUGGGUCAUGUUUGUGCUUUUGUCUUCCACACCGACGUAAAUUUAAACAAAUCAUGUCCUAAACCCUUAUUGCAUGUAAACAAGAUUAUACAGAUAAUCAUAAAUUAAUGUGAUGCAAGUUGGGGUAUUUUAAACUAUAGAUCACGGAACGUGCAAAUGCAAAUAAACAUUUUAAUGGUACAAU